AGAAUCGACGUGCACUUGACCAAUAACCUAUUUUUUCUAUGGCAAUAACACAAGAUGGCUCACUGUAGCUACAGUAAAUUCUCACAUAUAUUAAAAUUAACAACCGCUAACCUAAAUAAACCAACAGUGUUACGGACAGGGAGAGACAUUCAACAUGCUCCACAACGCUGCAAAUAUUUCAUACGUUUUCAUAAGGAACAGUAGCUGCUGCUUUUGCAACAGCUAAUGAGGAUCCAAAUAAAAUACCAAUACCUCAUGAAGCUGGUUGAGAGAAUGCCAAGAGUGUGCAAAGCUGGCAUCAAGGCAAAAGACCUCAGGUCCUGAGAGGUCAUUGCAGGAGAGACAGAAGCAGCACAUGGCUCGCGGCUUGCCCAAACAAAAGCCCAUUGCUGGAGUGAAACAAGUUAUUGUGGUGGCCUCAGGGAAGGGGGGUGUUGGGAAAUCAACCACUGCAGUGAAUUUGGCCCUUGGACUCACAGCUAAUGAUCCAAGUAAAACAGUGGGCAUCUUAGACGCUGAUGUUUACGGUCCCUCAGUUCCUAAGCUGAUGAGCCUGAAGGGGAACCCAGAACUAACUGACAACAACCUAAUGAGACCACUUAUGAAUUUUGGGAUUCCAUGUAUGUCCAUGGGGUUUCUGGUAGAGGAUGUUGCACCCAUUGUCUGGAGGGGCCUGAUGGUGAUGUCAGCUAUAGAGAAGCUACUUAGACAGGUAGAUUGGGGACUGCUGGACUACCUGGUUAUUGACAUGCCACCUGGGACUGGAGAUGUUCAGUUAUCAAUCACUCAGAACGUCCCAAUAGCAGGAGCAGUGAUCGUGUCCACUCCUCAGGAUAUUGCCUUGCUGGAUGCACGCAGAGGAGCAGAAAUGUUCAGGAAGGUCAAUGUACCGGUCCUGGGCAUAGUCCAGAAUAUGAGCGUGUUUCAGUGCCCCAAGUGUAACCACCAGACCCAUAUCUUUGGGGCAGAUGGAGCAAGGGCUCUUGCUGAUACUCUGGGAGUACAAUUAUUGGGAGACAUUCCUCUUCACCUGAGCAUCAGAGAGAUGUCAGACAGAGGCCAGCCUGUAGUGGUGUCCUCACCUGACAGCCCUGAGGCUGAGGCCUACAGAAAGGUGGCGACUGCCGUGGUCCAGCGCCUAGAAGAACUCUCUGGUUGAGUUAUUGCCCUCUACUGUGUAGGACAACUGGACAACUGGUCAUCUACAGGAGAUUCAGUGCAUUCGGAAAGUAUUCAGACCCCUUGACUUUUUCCACAUUUUGUUAUUCUAAAAUGGAUUAAAUCGUUUUUUUCCCCCCUCAUCAAUAUACACACAAUACCCCAUAAUGACAAAGCAAAAACAGGUUUUUAGAUUUUUUUGCAAAUGUAUUAAAAAUAAAAAACUGAUAUAUCAUUUACGU